CCACAAGCAAAAUUAAGACUUCAAGCGGCUAAUAAAAUUCUCCAAGGUCAAAUUGUCGAUGUUGAAGCCUUGGAUCUACCGGCCAAAGAUAAAAUUAAUUUGUCAACUGCUCAAAAACUAAUGCAGGGUCAGCCGCUAUAG